AUGGUGGGGCGUGGCGGUAAUAGGUGGCGAUGGCUGACUGCAGCGACCGUGGAAGGGCAACGACAGCAAUGGGUGGCUGCGGUUGGCAGUCGUGGGCGGCCUUGCUGCUUCAUUUCUAUUAGCGGAUGCUCGACGAGGGACCAGGAUGAAGCAUCAAUGACUAUGUGUUUGGUGGUAAUGGGUUACGACAGGAUGGAGGUAGAGGGAGUGCCGCUGUCGGCUAUGGUGGUCCUCUUCCCCGUUGAAGUGAGAAACGGGUGCAGGAAAAAGGCUGCAGGUGGUGGAGGAAAGAGCUCCGGAAGAAACAAUGGGGUGCCACCGUUGGCUCUGGUGGUCCUCUUCCCCGGUGAAGUGAGAAACGGGUGCAAGAAGAGGUUGCAAGUUGUGGAGGAAAGAGCUCCGAUAGAAACACUGGGGUGGGGAUGGUUGCAAUCUCGCAUCUUUGUCUUCUCGAUGGUUCGCAAAAGUUAUAGAGCUGCUGAAACAGUGGCUAAAUCAUUCACUGCUGAGAAGUACCUAAAGAAAAUAGGAUUGGGAAAAGAUGACUACUACUUCUGGAAGCAAAUAGGCAAAGCACUUGUAUGCACAUACACACUAUUUGGUGCCAUGUGGCUAUUCAAUGAAACAUCUCCACUUGGUUGGUGGACACUGAAACCAGUACCUAAAGAAGAGAAAGAAUUAGCUCACCUGUAUCAGAGAAUCAAUUACCCUUACCCAGGUGAUGAAGAAGCCAUGACUGACUUCAUUGCAAAAGGUGGGAUGAUUGGGACAAUGGUGAGUGCUAAAGGGACAAUAGAUAUGGAGUCGGGUCCUGGGAAUUAUCAGAAGCAGUUGCAGAAAGAGAAGUUUGAUCAGGAAGCACUUAGGUUAUGGUUGAGGAUGAAGAAUGAAGUUGUUCAAGAACUUCAGGAGAAAGGAUAUGGUUUUUUGGCACCGUAG